AUGGCUACAGCCUUUCUGCUCGGAUUACUUCUAUGGGCUGUCCCCGUACAACUGGCUAGUACCUGCCUCCGCUGCUGGCCAGAUGCUGCUGCAUAUUUUAUUUACGAUGCUAACUUGCUGCUGCAACAGGAUUCAGCUGCCUCUGAUCAUCUGGGGACGCUUUUCCUGGGAAAUGUUAAAGAGCUUGCUUCGUAUGGCAGUGGAUAUUUGGAACGAGAACAUAUGGAACGGGAGGCUGGCAAUCUCUUUCAUCAUCUCGAACUAAUUAUACAGAAAAGUCAAAAAAAUCAUGAAGUCCUGAUGAAGGAAGCAGAAUUGGAAAAAGCAGACUUUAUUAAACGUUUGGAAGACGCAUCUAAUCUUUUUGUGAAGGAAAUCUGCAGUUUUUCCUGUGGCCAAUCGCGGUUUCGACCUUAUGAAGUGGUGCAGUGCAGAAACUGCCAAAUUCUCAAGGCUUCCUGCUAUGACCUCAGAAUAUGCACAGGAACCAAUAUUGUUGCAGCCGUGUUGAUAACCCUUACAGUCUUGCUGGGAGUAGUGGGAGUUGCAAUAUGGUACUGCUGUCGUAAAAAGGCACCAGAAGAAACUGAAUCGCAAGAUGAAGAUGAAACUGAAUUGCAAGAUGAAACUGAAUCGCAAGAUGAUAAAGACAAUGAAGAUGAAGGUAACGACAGUUCAGAAACUUCAGAAAAAUCAGAAGAGGCUGCCCUAACUUCUCCAGUAGCAGACUACUCAAGCCCCCCUGAAAUCAACAUGCCCAGCCCUCCAGAAUUCAACAUCCCAAGUCCUCCUAGCUUCUAA